GCGGCUGCUUGAUGCGCAACCGGGAUAAAGACUCAAGAGGUGUUUUUUACACAAGCUGACCUCAAGGUGGCGACAGUGGCCAUCUCGUGGUGAACCUCAGAACAGGAACACUAUACGUCAUCAUCCUUAAGGGAUCCAGCAAUGCAGCAUGGCGUCGGUCAAAAGACUCAAACGCGUGGCAGCGUCGCAGCCGGGUUUCAUAGGAUUCAAACAGUCAGAGGACUUGAACAGUGGCAGGAGAAAGCGAGUAAAUAAGAAUAAGAAAAAGAAUUGGAACAAACACAGCGAUAUUCAAGAUGUCGAAGAGUUUUUGGAUGACGUGAGGCUUCAGGAAAGGGCUGCUGGCGGAUUGAUAUCAGAGCGGACAGAUGAAAGUCUGUUUUUUUGGGACAUUGGAGAACCGAAAAGAAAAAUUCAGCCAGAAGUCCAACAAGACCAUAAAGGGAAGAAGUCCAAGUCACGACCACUGAGGAUUGAUCUGAUACUACAACAUGACUCCCUCGUCCCUCCGCCCAAAGAUAUUUUGGCCCACCAGCAGCCAAACGCCAAGAAACUAAGACGCAUCGCAGAGAAAGCAGCAAAACUCGCGUCCCUGGGUGUGGUGACACGGAGACAGAAGCGGCUCCUGAACCGCAGACCGGCCAGAGCUACAGUUCCAAAGGCAGAGACUGACGCCAACAAUUUCCCAGAGAGACCCUUUUAUGACCUGUGGGGUGAAGGUGCCAAAGAGACAGCGGAUCCUUACUUCCUUGAGCAGACGGGGAAAAAGCUUGUGAAGCGACCAGAGAAGCUGAAUGCAAAGCCCUCUGUACUCCCGGCAGUGGAGAUCAUAGCCCCUGGAGGCUCCUACAACCCGGACUUCUUCUCCCAUCAGGCCCUGCUGCUAGAAGCCCAUGAGGUGGAGGUGAAGAAGGAGAAAGCUGUGCUGCGGGUUGAGAGACAGCUGGCUGUCAACAGAGAGGACAUCGCCACAGAGGAGACGGUCUUUCAGGAACAAGUCGAAGGGCUAGUGGAAGAGGACGAUGAAGAGUACGAAUCAGAAGAGCCGGGGGGCGUGUCUACCCGUGGCAGCCUGCCACAGGAGAAAAAGACAGAGAAAGAGAGGAAGAGAGAGCGAGCCGACAAGCUAAAGUUGCAAAAGAAGCAGGCGGCACAGGUGUUCACCAGCCGGAAACAGCAGCUCUUCCAGCUGCGCUCCAUUCAGGCGGCCCUGAAGAAGGACGAGCAGCAGACCGCAGAGAGGGUGACCCAGCGCAAGGCCAAACAAGAGGCAGAGAAAUCCAUGCCCCGACGUCUUGGCAGACUCAAGUUCCAGGCCCAGGAUCUAGAGGUUCAACUGAGUGAUGAGAUUCCUGGAUCCCUGCGGACACUGAAGCCAGAGGGCAGUGUCCUCAAGGACCGUUUCAAGAGUAUGCAGAAGAGGAACAUGAUUGAGCCGAGAGAACGAGCCAAGUUCAAGAGGAGACACAAGUUGAAGUAUGUGGAAAAGAGGGCUUUCAAGGAGAUCACCUAAAGACCGAUCUAACCUAUCCGAACUCUUCAGGACCCUGAUGUUGUUUGUUACUACGGAGUGACUCCAUCCACCACUCAGCGAUAGCUGACCAGAGAGAAACUGGUUGCCCCCCCCCCCCCCCCUUUGUUUAAAACGAUGGAUCUGGUUUGGAAGAAACCCCAGAAGAUCUGAUCGCUGUCCGACCCCAAACCUUUUCAGCCUAUUAAGGCCUCGUUUAGGAAAAAUAAUCUGAUCUCGCUCCCACCCCUUUGUGUUUUGGAGCAGGAUUUGCUGUCCCUUCAUGUUUUGCUCCUCAGUGUACAGCGUUACCUGCCCACCCCUUGCAGUGUUCUACUGAUCCAGGGUCAGUUCUAAUGCUUGUUGAGUUCUGUUUAUCUGUCAACAUCAGUUGUGCGCGUGACGGUUCAGAUGACCUUGUGCUUCCUCCACUUGAGUGUGUGGGGUGUUUUGCUCCUGCUAAACCACCAAGGUGAAUGACAUUAUUGGAAGGAGUGGAUUUCUGAGUGAACACGCAGAGGAAUUAAAGACAGGGUUGGCUUUAAACCCACAGUCGAGGUACCUAGGUCUGUUAAUUGUCAGCAAAACCAUUUUCUGUUGGCUGACUUGAAUAAAGCAAGUUAAUUAUUGCCA